AUGGAUUUGAAAUUAGAAAAUACUCAGUUUGCUUAUUUGAAGACACGUUCACAAUUCGGAAAGUGGUACAGUUUUUCGGAACACAAUAAACUAGAAGUAGAUAUUAAAUCUGACAAAUCAUUAAUGCGUGAUUACAUACGAGUAGAUCCAGUAACUCGUACUACACAAUGCAGUAAAAAUUUCAGCGUACAUGAGGUAAAUACAACGACUGCGACUUUUAAAGAAGCCGGGCUACAUCAUGUUGAAGGUGGAUGGCCUAAAGAUAUAAAUAUGUAUGAUAUAGAACAAACUGUUCGCUAUAGACGUAAAGUUGAAAAAGACGAACUUUAUAUUCAUACAAUGCUACAAUUAUUACCCGCAAUGGAACACUGUAUUCUUCAGAAUAAUGCUUGUAAUAUUUAUGAGCAAUAUUUCAAUGACACAGAGGCAGUACCAUUAGUCCAAAGAACAUUUUCGCGUACUGUUAAUGUUUACCGAGAUGUAAUACCGGUAAAACGGCCAAUCACUCAUCUUUCGUGGUCACCAGAUCAAGGUACACGAAUGGUUGUCAGUUAUUGUAAUAGAGACUUUAAAAAAUCUACUAUUCACAGCAACUUUUCUUACGUUUGGGAUAUUGAGAAUCCAAAUACUCCAUUAAUGACUCUAAAACCAUUGUGUCAAAUAGUCGCAACAGAGUACAACCCUAAAGACAGUAAUACGCUGAUAAGUGGAUUAAUAUCAGGUCAAGUAGCGAGCUGGGAUCUGCGACGUGGCUAUGAACCUGUUGAUGUAAGCUUGGUCGAGAAUAGUCACCGUGACGCCUGUAAUAAAGUUCUGUGGAUAAAUUCCAAAACAGGAACCGAGUUCUUCAGUUCAUCCAGAGACGGUCAAAUAAAAUGGUGGGACACAAGGAAACUUCAAGCACCUAUGGAUACAUUGAUUAUUGAUCUAGUUAAACCAGAAGAGCAGGAUAUCGAGCGUGCUACUGGAGUAACAACAUUGCAAUUUGAAUCUUCACUGGGUACACGAUUUAUGUGUGGCCUUGAAAAUGGUAUCGUCAUAUCAGGCAAUCGGAAAGGUAAAACACCAAGUGAAAAAAUCGCAACGCGCUUUCGUGCUCAGUACGGACCUGUUAUUUCUGUAUUGAGAAAUCCAACCGGGCAUCGAGAACUUCUUACUAGCGGUGCAUGGAGUACAACACGUUUUUCUGUAUUUUUUUUAACAAAAGCAGACGGUACAUUAGAUGUAUGGGAUUUAUUAGUACAGCAAGAUUCCCCUGUUCUCAGUGUGAAGGUUUGUGACGAUAGUUUGACGUGCGUAAAUCCACAUGAGCAAGGGCAAUUAGCAGCAGUGGCUGGUAAAAAUGGCACAACUUAUUUACUGGAAUUUUCAGAAACACUUACUGUCAAUCAGAAAAACGAUAAACUUUUAUUUACAGCCCUCAUUGACCGAGAGACAAGGCGAGAAAAAGUUAUUGAAGCAAAAAAUCGUGAGAUUCGCUUAAAAAUGAAAUCAAAUCGCGUUGAAGUUGAUGCAGAUGGGACAAGAGGAUCCAGAAAAAAUUCUAAAACUGUAGAUGCUAAUAAUCCUGCUAUAAUUCAAUGUGAACAGGAAUACGAAUCAGCAAUUGAAGCUAGAAUAUUUCGCGCUGCUUUUCGUAAAGAUUUGAGUCAGUCAACGCAAGAGUUAAAUGAAGAAGUUGACAAUAACGCGCUGCAAUUAAAUGAUGAAAGUAAUAAAAGAGAAGUAAUUAAUAAAAAAAAAUUAAUACUUGGUAAAAUGAAACGUGCUAAAGCUCUAGGUAGUUCUGAUUGGUCUUCAGAUGUUGAUUUUGGGUCAAAAAAAAAUCUCGUUAACGAAAAAGGAAUGGAAGAUGAUGAAAUUCAAGAGAUUGUUGAUAAAAAUGAAAAUAGUGAAAAUAAUAUGGAUAAAAGUGCGAGAAAAUCACGUAAAUUAAAAAGAUCUGAGCGUGUACGUUCUAAUGACGUAGAAUCGAAGCCCGAUAUCGUCGUGACAUUUUUACCCAAACAAAAAGUAUCCGAUCGAGAGCGUGAUUCUGAAAGUCACAAAAAAAGUUCCUCGCGAGAAAAGAAGAAACGUGUAAAACAUUCCAGACGAAAGAAUCUAUCGACUGGUGAAGACUCGACAAGUUCAGAUAUUCCGAAAAUUCCUGAAGUUUUGGCUUUUUCGAAGGAAGAUGAUAAGUUAAAAAAAAUAAAAGAACAUGCGAAAUCUAAAUUAAAGUCAUCUUCAAGUAGAUCGCAAUCUGGAACAAUUAGUUCUCAGUCAAUUGAUGUUAAAUCUCCGCAACGUAAAAACAGGAAGACUAGAAAGAAAAAAGAAGAAAUAAAACGUGAAAUUAAGUAUAUUUCAGUUACUAUUCACAGAGCAGACAUGCUGAUAGCUGAUUAUGUAACUAAACAUCCGAUGGUAAUUGUUCAUGUUGUGGAAGAAAGUACUGGGAGUUAUUUAAAGACAAGCAAAGACUCCAAGAGCUAUUUACAACCGCUGAUAACCGGGACAUUUGACUUUCGAGAAAAUAAAUCUAUGGUACCGUCCUGGGAAGAAGAAUUAGUUUUUGAGUAUGAUUUUGAUGAUAUUGUUAAUCAGGAUAAUCAUCAAAAAUUAAUUCUCUUUGAAAUUGUUGAUCUUCCAAGCUUUGCUGAGGCUUCUUAUACAUACGAUCAUUUUGGUGGUGAAAACUGUUGGUAUAAAAUAGCUUGGGCAUUUUUAAAACCAGUAGGGGCAAAUGGUGUCACUCAUAUUGACAAAUUUGUACGACUCCAGUUAUAUAAACCAAAGAGGAAUUCACGAAGGUCUAUCAGACAUCGAUGUGAGCCUUAUAGUUGGUGGAAAUCCGGUUCUCGCGAUAAGUAUCCCAGUACUUUAUUUGUAACUAUUACUUCAGUAGAACCACCAAAACUGGAGCCGAUUUUUUAUGGUCAGUUGACGCUUGAUGAGUUCUCUGAUGAACAAACGGAACCACCAAAGUCCGUUGUAAAUACGGAAAUCGUUAAUAUCUCAAGGUGGAGUCGUCUAGCAGCUCAAUCAUGUAAAAUACCUAAUGAAUUACUUUUAAAAACCGAGGUCAGCGACAAUGGAUGUUUUUACGUUUGCUUCAGCAAUAAUGGCAAGUACUUGGCAUGCGUUAAUUGUGAAGAAUACGAUUAUCCGAUAACAGUGUGGAAAAUAGAUGAUGAAAAAAUAUUUGUCAAAUUUUCUGGUCACAAAAGUUUCAUUUAUGCACUUGAUUGGUCCCAUACGGAUAAUUAUUUGCUCUCAGUUUCGUCAGAUCAAACAGCGAGAGUUUGGGACGUUGAAAAUAAAUUAAUCAACGAAAUAAAUAUGCUACCUCAUCCGUCUUAUGUCUAUUGCGGUAAAUUUCAACCGUCUAAACAUCAAAUAAUUAUAACAGGUUGUUAUGAUCACGUAACCAGAGUUUGGUCACGUAAAAAUAAUAAUAAUAAUAAUUACGAGUUGAUACAAGAACUUGAGACACAUGAUGGUUUUGUCAAUGAUAUUUGCUUUUUAAAUGACGGUGAUCUUCUCACAGCUGACAGUGUUGGUAUUAUUAUUCAGUGGACCUUAAAAAAGAAAAAAGGAGGUUUUAGAGACUGGAAAAUCUUGCGUAAAAUAAAAAUACGUGAAAUAGUAAAUGUUGUCAUCAAUACUAUUGUAUUACAUCCAUUGGGGUCUAGAUUAUUGGUACACUCACGUGAUAACGGUUUGAGAAUGAUUGAUUUGGCUACUGGUGUUGUCCUACAAAGAUAUCUAGGGUUAAAAAAUUCAAGAGUACAAACAACAGCGAGAAUAUCUCCGUGUGGCAGUCUAAUUCUUUGUGGUGAUGAAGAUGCUUCAUUAAAUAUAUGGAAUACAGAUUCGGGCAAGCAUUUAGCUGUUUAUCAAACAAAUUUAGCUGACGGAGUUAUCACUGGUGUCGAUUAUCAUCCGUAUGAUCACGCUUUAGCGUAUUCAGUAUUUGGGUUUGCAACUGAAGCAUGUAUAUUACGUUUCAAUAAACAAUCAACUGGUGAAUCUGUUGGAUUAAAAUUACUAGACAUAAAUUAUCAACAAAACAAUCACGAUACGGAAAUAAAAUUAGUUGAUUCAAGUGGUAGAUUUACAGCACCGAGACUUUCACACAGAAAAUCUUAUGAUUCAAUGAAAUUAGAAAGCAAAGAAAAUUUUGGGAUUAUGAAUAAUGACAGCCGUGAAGAUUUACGUUCUAGAUUAAAGUUGUUCAACGACUCAGAACGACAAUUUAAAACACGCAGCACCAAUAGACUCAGUAGUAUAAUUGCUAAAAUUGAUAAAAUUCUUUCAAAUAGCCACAAUCAAAGUGCUACCACACGAACAUUGUACGAUAUCGAAGCCAACGGAAUACGAGGUUUUGAAGUAGAGAGCCCCCGUUAUUUAGAUCAUCGCCAAGAGAAAGUGAUACCUUAUGUCCCUCCGUUAUUUUCAACAUUAGAAGAUAAUUCAACCUCCGGUUCUAGAUCGGAGAUAUUUGAAUUGACUGAUUUAAAUAAUUCUAAUUUUAAUAUCGAUUCUCGUAAUACUGAAAAAAACAUUAAAUGCAAAAGUUCAAGAAGUUACAAGCGUGCAUCAAUAUCCAAUAAUGAAGAUGUUGAUAUUAAAACAAUGUCCGAUGGUGCAUAUUGUAAUCGUAGAAGAUUAAAAACUGUUUCUGAGAGAGUAUUAACUGGAUCUUGGGCUAAUAUUCGUGUCAAGGAUUUAAAAGAAACCAGGAAUAGAGGUAAAUUUAAAGAUAGUCAUGAUCUAGAGUUAGGUCAAGGUGAUUUUAGAGAUCAACGACAUGAAAGUAGUCCAGAAAGUGGAGGGACUUAUGUUCUUGAUAAGAAUGAUGAUGUUCAUAUUGAAAGUGAAAGCUCUGUGAGAAGUGAUGUUACUUUUGUUAUUGAAAGUGAAAAACCGGUACCUAAACCAAGGAAAAAAUCUGCUCAAAAGCUAAAUGUGUAA